AUGGCGCUAGCCUUGUGGCUGUCGUUGGGGGGAUUUCUCGAUGGUGCAGGGGUUGUGGCUGCGCCAGCGGCUGCGCCAGCUGCCAUCCCUCAAAAGAUCUUCACCUUUUGGGAGACCCCGCCGUGGCCUCCUUCGGUCCAGCGGUCCAUUGACACCUGGCGCAAGCAGAAUCCUGAGUGGCAAAUUCAGGUCUUGACGCCUUCGACGCUGCGCGAGGCCUUGGACGACGAGGCCUUGGACUUCGUCGCCUCGCCCGCGGCGCUGGCCAUGCGGCGCCUGGGAGCCACACACUUCAGCGACCUCGUGAGGGUGGAGGUCUUGGCACAGCACGGUGGCCUUUGGCUGGAUGCCACGGUGGCUUUGACCCAGCCAGUGAACACUUGGAUCGGACGUGACAACCGCGGCGAAGAGUGUUUGGAGGGCUUCGAUUUGGACUUUGAGCAAUUGGAGGCCAAGUCCGUGAACCUGCGCCGUUCCGCCAAUUGGACCGAGCACUUCGUGCGCGGCCGCCUCGCGCUGCGGAGUGGAGACCCCGAGGCCGAGAGGAUGCCGGAGACCUGGGCCUUCGCGGUGCAACCGAAGUGCUUUGUGGCCAUGGCCUGGAGAGAGGCCCAACGACGUUUGGUACGAGACCCCAGAGGCUACGUGGAAGCCUUGAGCGAGGCCUCGGAGGGCUUGCCGUCCUCGUAUCGGAAGUGGCUCCCCCACUUAGGCGGCUCCUUCUCUUUGUGGCAAGCGGCCACCCACAACCCCAGCCGGGUUCACUUCCGCCCGGCGGAAGACUGGGCGUUUCGGCAUUUGGACUACAUGCCGGCGCCGUGGGCAUUGGGUCCUCCGCUGCCGCUGGAUUACAUGACGGACUACGCUGGUGGACCCGUCUUUGGUCUAGCGAGACCGCAUGAGGUCUAUCCCAGUUCGGUGGGUCCGCUGAUGAAGCUUCGACGCUUAGACCGUUGUGCGUUGGAUGCCAUCAUUGCCUUCCGGAGUUAUGUGAAAGACUCCCCGUUAGUUCAAAUCUACGAGCUGCCUCUGGAGCCACGCUGGUGGCCUAGCCGCUCUGUGGGAGAGGCGAUGGCCGCUUUUGAGGCGAAUCAUUGUGGCACAACCGACGUCUUUCUGCAGGUGACGUUCGCAGUGAUGAGGAAGACAUGUGAAGUGAUCUUCUUCUUCAAUGACCACCCGAGUUUGACUUUGGCGCUCGGUCUCACCUUCGUCCGGCUUUGCAAGUUCUAUCUGUCUCGAGGUCGCAAGAGGAAGGAUGGUUUGAAGGAGGGAUAG